GCCAUGGACAUAGAGUCCACCAAACUCGACGUGGACGACGACGUGUCACCCAUCGAAGAGGUCCGCUUAACGGUCUCGAACGAAGACGACCCGACCCUUCCAGUAUGGACCUUCCGGAUGUGGACCUUAGGGAUCCUCUCCUGCGUCCUUCUCUCCUUCCUCAACACCUUCUUCUCCUACCGCACCGAGCCCCUGAUCAUCACCAUGAUCACCGUACAGGUGGCGACACUGCCCAUCGGACGGUUCAUGGCUAGGGUACUGCCCACUAGGAAGUUUUCGAUCGGGUCGAUGGAGUUCUCGCUCAACCCGGGUCCGUUUAACAAGAAGGAGCACGUGCUGAUAUCCAUAUUUGCCAACGCCGGAUCCGGGUUCGGAGGCGGAACGGCUUAUGCUGUUGGCAUUGUCGAUAUAAUCAAGGCAUUUUAUCACAGGAAGAUAUCGUUCUUGGCCAGUUGGCUUCUGGUCAAUACCACACAGGCAUUGGGGUAUGGGUGGGCUGGAAUUCUCCGAAAGUACGUGGUGGAUCCGGGAGAGAUGUGGUGGCCCUCUAGUGUAGUUCAGGUCAACUUGUUCGAUGCCCUACACGAGAAAGACAACAAGCGAAUGUCCAGAGCGAAAUUCUUCUUAAUUGCAUUCAUAUGCAGCUUCUCUUGGUAUGUUGUCCCAGGCUACCUUUUCCCAACUAUAUCAACCAUUUCAUGGAUUUGUUGGAUAUACCCCAAGUCAGUAACAGUGCAACAAAUUGCAUCCGGCAUGCGUGGACUUGGUGUUGGUGCAUUGUCUCUCGACUGGUCUGUUGUAGCCUCGUACCUUCAAAGCCCUUUGAUUAGCCCUUUCUUUGCCACUGUCAAUGUUGCAGUUGGCUAUGUUGCUUUCAUGUUUGUGAUACUGCCAAUUGCCUACUGGGGAGUCAAUUUAUACAAUGCCAAGAACUUCCCAAUCUUCUCUUCCCAUUUGUUUGAUGCCCAAGGUCAAGUAUAUAACACUUCAGCAAUUGUGAAUGACAAAUUUCAAAUUGACAUGCCGGCGUAUGAAAAACAAGGACGUGUAAACUUAAGUGUGUUUUUUGCUCUGACAUAUGGUAUUGGCUUUGCGGCCAUUAUAUCAACCCUCACUCACGUGGCCCUCUUCAAUGGAAGGGAGAUAUAUGAACAAUUUCGAGCAUCGAAGAAGGAUGGAAAGGUAGACAUACACACCAAAUUGAUGAGGAAAUACAAGGACAUACCUAACUGGUGGUUUCAUCUUACUCUUUUGGUGUCAUUUGGAAUCGCUCUGGCACUAUGCAUUUUCAUGAAAGAUGAGAUUCCGAUGCCGUGGUGGGUACUCAUUUUCGCUGCAGUCCUUGCAUUAAUUUUCACUCUUCCGGUCAGCAUUAUUACCGCCACAACAAAUCAGACGCCGGGACUAAACAUUAUCACAGAGUACAUCAUGGGAUUGAUUUUACCCGGAAAACCGAUUCUUAAUGUAUGCUUCAAAACCUAUGGUUAUAUUAGCAUGAGUCAGGCAAUUUCCUUUCUCAAUGAUUUCAAGCUUGGCCAUUACAUGAAGAUUCCGCCCAGAUCAAUGUUUUUAGUUCAGUUGAUAGGAACUAUUAUAGCUGGAACAGUCAAUAUCGGGGUUGCAUGGUGGCUGUUAUCUACUGUGGAAAACAUAUGUCAAGAUCAAUUACUCCCUCCUAAUAGUCCUUGGACUUGUCCUGGUGAUCGCGUCUUCUUUGAUGCAUCUGUCGUUUGGGGUCUUGUCGGUCCAAAGCGGAUAUUUGGACCUCUCGGAAACUACCAAGCACUCAACUGGUUCUUCCUUAUAGGUGCAUUUGGACCACUCUUGGUAUGGUUGUUGCACAGAGCUUUUCCCAGUUAUAAAUGGAUUGGACUUAUCAACCUUCCAGUGCUUUUGAAUGCAACAGCUGCAAUGCCACCGGCUACAUCAGUAAACUUCAAUUGCUGGAUUGUUAUUGGAACUAUUUUUGGCUACUACAUCUUUAGAUAUAGAACAGCAUGGUGGCAGAGGUACAAUUAUGUUCUUUCGGCUGCCUUAGAUGCUGGAUUGGCUUGCAUGGCGGUGCUCUUAUACUUCACAUUAACCAUGAACGGGAAGAGCAUAUCUUGGUGGGGUGCAGAUGGUGAACACUGUGAAUUGGCUUCAUGUCCCACAGCCAAAGGAAUCGUUGUUGAUGGUUGUCCUGUCUUCUAA